ACUCUUUUGUCUGGCGCAGUAUUAGCAUAAAAUCUACAAACAGAGAAAGCCCCAGCUCAUUGUCAGUCAUGUACGCCUUGUUAGUGUUGUUGGCUCUGAGCUGUUGCAGCAGCAGCGGCUUGGCCAAGCCGCAGGAGCUGAUACCCAUUAUACAAUCCAUGGCUGAGCAGAAAAACGAUGGCUCCUAUUUCUUUGCCUACGAGGGCGCCGAUGGCAGCUAUCGCGAGGAGGUGGGCAUUGUGCGUCGCUCCAGCAACAAUAUUUUGAGUGAUGGCAACGUUGAAGAUGCUGAAGAUGCAGAUGCUGAACUGGAGGUCUCUGGCAUUUAUCGCUAUACGGAUAGUCAGGGCGAGCGCGUUGAAGUCAGCUAUAAGGCGGACAAGAAUGGUUUUGUACCAUUGGGCACGAAUAUUCCAAGGCAGAUUACGGAGACGGCACGUAAUGCAGUUGAGGCGCUCGAGGUGCGCGUUAAGCCAAGCUAGGAGCAGCAGCGGCAGUUAAGUAAGCUGUUGCUCUUUUUUGUAAAUGUUAUUUAAACAAUUAUCCGAAAA